GGGAGCCGCGGGGCCGCCGGGGCUGAAGGCUCCCGCUCGCAGCCUCCUCUUCCUCGGGUGGUUUUCCCUCCCUCCUCCUCCUCCCCCCCUGCAUUUCCUCCUGCACCUUUAAGAAGCCCAUUGCCGCCGGUGGGAUGGUGUGUGCUAAAGCUGCACAGAGGAAGUUACGCAGCCGGGAUCAGGCACGGAGAUAAAAGCUCCGAUUGUGAUUGAAAGUGAGAGCAAAAGGGAUUUCAGCCUCGGCAUUAACUUGCGAGGGGAGCCGGGAUUGCACAAAGCUCCCCCGGCCAUCUGCCCUUGGGGGCCGGCGGCGCAGCGCCUGCCCGCCGCGCUGGGCAGGGCAGGGCUGGGCAGGGCAGGGCAGGGCAGGGCAGGGCUGGGGGGUGUGUUUUGGGGGUUCCCCCGGCCCCGAAGUUGGCUGCUCCGCCGGGAGCCCCGCGCCGCAGAGCUCCCUCCCGGUCCCUCCUGCUGAUGAGCUCUGCCUUUGCCCUGACCAUGAAAGAGAGAGGAGAUCUCAGGUAGCCCCAUGGAUUGCAGCUGAAGCCUUUGGGAACUUGGUGCUCCGCUGCCAAAAGACAGAAUUGGACGGGAAUCCUCGCCACCACCACAGGACACAGCAGGAGAAGCCAAGGCCAGCCCUGCCCCAGUCACCCCAGUGACCACCCAGCACCUGCUGGGACCACCACGGAUCUGGGCACCCUUCCUGCUCUCGCUGGCACAACUGUCCUUUGGGAAAAAGGAAUUUUAGCUCCAAGAAGUCUCUCUUGUCAGAGUUGUACUGAUGACCAGAUGCUCUAUUUAUUUUAUGUGCUAAUGUUCUAACACCCUAAUAAUUAAGACAGACACAGCUUAAGGCACUUUCCACAGCCACGCAUUUGGAGCAGACCAGAAGGUUGAGGAAAACCUGAUCCAGCACCAUCUCACGGCCUCUCCAAUUUACUCCUAUCAAAUUUCAUCAGCAACUCAGAACUUGAUCUUCGUAUUGAUUGACUGGAGUCACCUCUAGAUAUUUUCAUGCUGAUUUGGAAGACCUUUCGUACAAUAAAAAGGGGGAAAAAUGAGGUUAAGGAAGACUUUUGACCACUGAUCAGCAACUCUGGCCAAAACUUUCCCAAUCGAGUGAAUUGCAAAGUUGGCUUCUGUGCCAAGAGGAACUUUCCACGUCCAGGUAGAGCGUGCGGAGCGGGAUCAUCCCUGUUCCUGUGUGGCUCUCCUUCGACUGGAGCAUUUUUAGAUGAGGAGUUUCCAUGCUGAUCCCGAGAGCCACCCCUAGCCCCGUAGCUGCCUUCCUCGGGACUCUCGGCACUGCCCUCGCCCAGGGACCCCGCGCUUGGCCGCAGCUGCCAUGCUCUACCUGGCUGCCCUCCUCGUGCACUGUGUCCCCCUGGCCAUGGGACAGUAUGACAUUUGCAAGUCCUGGGUGACCACGGACGAUGGCCCCUCAUGGGAGUUUUACGCUUGCCAGCCCAAGGCCAUGCGGAUGAAGGAUUACGUGACCGUGCGGGUGGACCCGGCAGGAAUCACUUGUGGGGACCCUCCGGAGAGGUUCUGCACCCAUGAGAACCCGUACCUGUGCAGCGACGAGUGCGACGCCUCCAACCCCGACCUGGCGCACCCGCCCAAGCUGAUGUUCGACAGCGAGGACGAGGGGCUGGCCACGUACUGGCAGAGCGUGACGUGGCGCCGCUACCCCGAGCCGCUGCUGGCCAACAUCACCCUGUCCUGGAACAAGAGCAUCGAGCUGACCGAUGACAUCGUCAUCACCUUCGAGUACGGGCGCCCCACCAUCAUGAUGCUGGAGAAGUCUCUGGACAACGGCAGGACUUGGCACCCGUACCAGUAUUACGCAGACGACUGCAUGGAGGCCUUCAGCAUGCCAGCACGGAGGGUCCGGGACCUCUCCACCACCAGUGCCAACAGGGUCCUCUGCACCGAGGAGUAUUCCCGCUGGGCGGGCUCCAAAAAGGAGAAGACCGUGCGGUUUGAGGUGCGGGACCGCUUCGCCAUCUUCGCCGGCCCCGACCUCAAGAACAUGGACAACUUGUACACCCGCCUGGAGAGCGCCAAAGGGCUCAAGGACUUCUUCACCGUCACCGACCUGCGCAUGAGGCUGCUGAGACCCGCCCUGGGGGGCACCUACGUGCAGAGGGAGAACUUGUACAAGUACUUCUACGCCGUCUCCAACAUCGAAGUCACCGGCAGGUGUAAAUGCAACCUCCAUGCCAACCUGUGCACCUUCAAAGAGGGCAGCCUCCAGUGUGAGUGUGAGCACAACACCACGGGCCAGGACUGUGGCAAGUGCAAGAAGAACUUUCGCUCCAGGUCCUGGCGAGCUGGGUCCUACCUGCCUCUGCCCAACGGGUCCCCCAAUGCUUGUGCAGCUGCAGGCUCAGCCUUUGGCAACUGCGAGUGCUACGGCCACUCCAACCGCUGCAGCUACAUCGAUUUCCUGAACGUGGUGACCUGCGUGAGCUGCAAGCACAACACGCGGGGCCAGCACUGCCAGCACUGCCGCCUGGGCUUCUACCGCAACAGCUCCGCCGAGCUGGACGACGAGAAUGUCUGCAUAGAAUGUAACUGCAACCAGAUCGGCUCCAUGCACGACCGCUGCAACGAGACCGGCUACUGUGAGUGCAGGGAGGGGGCCACGGGGCCCAAGUGCGACGAUUGCCUGCCCAACUACUACUGGAGACAGGGCUGCUUCCCCAAUGUGUGCGACGACGAGCUCCUGCUGUGCCAGAACGGCGGCACCUGCUACCAGAACCAGCGCUGCAUCUGCCCCGCGGGCUUCAAGGGCGUCCUGUGCCAGCAGUCCCGGUGCGAAGCGGACAGAAAGGACUGCGACCGUGCCCCCGCCGCCCGUGCCAGCCUGGCCACCGUGGCCCUGGGCGCGCUCGCCCUGCAGCUGCGAGGCUGGGCGGACCUCUGAGGCUGCACAGGGACACCGAGGCCAUGGGUGGCCGUCCCCACCGCCUCCUUCGUCGCCUUUCCUUCACGCAACCACUUCGGGUCCCUCUUUCCAAGCAGAGAGGCGCGCAGGGAGCCCGGCGCCGGCUCCUGCCCGGUGUCCCCGCCGUGACACCGGCACCGUCCGUGCUGCCCCGCUCGGGGCAAACAGUGCCGCGAUCCGAGGGAUGGGGGUUUUUUUAUUAUUCCUUUAUUUACUUUGGUAUAGGCUGGGGUGGUGUUUUUAUUUUCCCUCCUCUCCGCUGUCGUGAGAGCUGCGGAGCCCCGGCACACGGCGGGCAGGGACGGGAGGGAGGGGAGGGGGACUCUGCUCCAUCCCUGCUGCCCAGCCCCACAUCCCCCCACGGGCCUGGCCUGCCCACGCACAUACUGUUGCCUACGACUGUAGUUGCUGCAUUGAUUUUUGUAUUUUCAUGGCUGGGUUUUGUUUUCUUGCACUUACAGAGAACACAGGGGCCGCGAGGCAUUUGGAACGUGAGGAGUGCAGUGUCUUAUCCACACAUGUCCGUAUGGUGUACGGGUCAAAUACUUCUUUUGGUAGAGACUUAUUUUUGUUUUGGAGUAAAUGUUAUAACAGAGCCACGACCUAAAGGGACAUUUUACCAUUCGAGCAUUUGAUUCCGGUGUAUCCUCCAGUAAAGCAACUAUUAAUGGCUGCUUGAUCACCACGUUUUCCUUUUCGUGUGCACAGUUAAUUACAGGUAAAGACUUAUUUUUUGAUUCA